GAUUUUGAAACGCGUCCAGUGUCGGUUGAGUGAAUUAUUAUAGAGUAAAAGUUCGCAAAAUGUCGGCUCUAUUGAAUGCCACGGCUCAGACCCUGGCCGAAUCGCAUUUCACAUUCAACACGACAGACUAUGUUGUGUUCACAUUCAUGCUGAGCAUAUCUGCCGGAAUCGGCGUCUACUUUGGAUUCUUUGCCAAGGGCGAGGACACCACCGAGGAGUACCUGAUGGGCGGCAAACGGAUGAAGACGCUGCCCAUUGCCAUCUCACUGGUGGCCAGCCAAUUGUCGGCCAUCUCCAUUAUGACCAUACCCUCUGAGAUGUUUGCCUUUGGCAUGAAUUGGUUCUUCGCUGUGCUUAUCAUGGUGUUGAUUGUACCCGUACUCAACUAUGUGAUCAUACCUGUCUUCUACAACAACGAUAUUACCAACUGCUAUGAGUACUUGGAGCUGCGCUUCAAUGGCGCCACCCGCAAGCUGCAAACUCUUUGGUUUGUGAUUAAUAUAUUCCUUAUGCUGCCCAUAUUCAUAUUUCUGCCAUCGCUGGCCUUUGCGCAAGUAACUGGCUUCAAUGUUCACAUUAUCAAUAUAAUUGUCUGCAGCAUUUGCAUCUUUUACACAAUGAUCGGUGGCAUUAAGGCUGUCGUCUGGACGGAUGUGGUGCAGGCGGGCAUCAUGGUGCUCUCUGUGGUGCUGGUGGGCUUCUUGGGCGCUCGACGUUUGGGCGGCCUGGGCGAGGUUUGGCGCAUUGCCGGCGAGGGCGGCCGAUUGGAUGUGAACUUUACAUUUGAUCUGACGACACGCGUUACCUUUUGGAAUGCCGCUGCCUCCGGCUUUGUGGCCUGGACCAGCUAUGUGGGUCUCCAUCAGAGCUGUGUGCAACGCAUUGUAGCGCUGCCUUCGCUGGGGCAUGCAAGAAGAGCAAUCUUUCUGUUUGGAGUGGGCUUCCUGCUAAUCAUGAGCUUCAAUUGCUUCACGGGCAUUGUGAUGUAUGCGCGCUACCAUGACUGCGAUCCGCUUGCCGUGGGUGUGGUCAGCAAGCUGGACAAGAUGGUGCCGUAUUUCGUGCAGGAUAUUAUGGGCCAUCUGACCGGCAUGCCCGGCGUCUUCAUCUCGUGCGUCUUCAGCGCCGCCCUGAGCACACUCUCGGCCAGCAUCAACUCCCUGGGCGGCAUCGUCUACUUCGACUACAUCAAGCCGCGCAUACACCACACGGAGCACAAGGCCAAUGUGAUUAUGAAGAUAAUCGUAUUCCUCUCCGGCAUCUACUGCAUAUUUGGCGGCAUCGUAGUCGAGAAAUUCAGCUCCAUUCUGCAGAUGGUCUUUAGCAUUGGCGGCAUCGGCUUUGGCUCCGUCUGCGGCGUCUUUCUUCUGGGCAUGCUGGUGCCCAGGGUGCAUGGCCGGGCCGCCUUCGCUGCCUCCGCCCUGAGCAUUGUGUGCAUGGCAUUCGUCAUAGUGGGCAGCUGGGGCCGGAAUCACUAUCCCUCCAUGCCCAUCAGCACCGACAACUGUCCGACGACCCUGAAUGCGACGACAACUGUCUCCACUCUGUUGAACCUGAAUGCAACAGUCACAGUGAAGGAUCUGCCAGCAUCUGGCUUCAGCAUCUUUGACAUCUCGUACAAUUGGUAUGCGGCCCUUGGCUUCGUCAUCACCUUGGUGGCGGGCACAGUGCUCAGCUAUGUCCUCAGUCCAGCAGCGGAUCAAGUGAAGCUCAAUCCGAAUCUCUUAUCGCCGGCUAUAAGGUAUUUCGUGCAGUACGAGCAGGCGCCGAUGUAUGAGCUGCCGGAGCUGCAAAAGGAUAAGCAACAGCAAUCAUAAACAUUACUUUAACCGUAAUCAAAUUUCCUUAAUUAGUAUUAUAUACUAUUUAUCAGCAGCAGCAUUAGCCUCGCAGAUAUACAAAUAUAGUGCUUAUGUUAGAUAUAUAAUCUGGCAUAAAUGCUUAUCUUAAUUAGCUGCGUAUACUAGAGUUUCGACAGCAUCUAGCCUAGCUAGACCUAAGAUAGUUUCUAUAAUAAGUACUGCAAAUAAAAGUCAGCGCAGACAGAAACAUA